AUGGCUCUCGCCUCACCACCACCGCCACCACCACCGACACCACCGACCACCACCACACCACCACCUGGCGGCUCCCCGGACAUCAAUACUGUAGUGGGUACCUGUCUGAAGCAGCGGCUCUGUUCGCAUUGCAAGUCCGGCGUCUCCUCAUUCUUGCUUCGCCCUCCGGUCCACAGCAAGCAAGUCACCCACGCGGGCAUCCCAUCCGUUCCAUUCAUCCUCCCAUCCGUCCGUCUGUCCAUUCUUUCCACCAUCAUCAUCACCAUCACCACCGCCAAAACCGUCGCCGUCCGACGCCGCACCCCCUCCGCUGCCGGCCGUCCGUCGACGACUCCCCCCAUCGCCAGCGGCCUCAUCCUCUGA